GGAGUCAGAGCCCCUCCCUUCGAUAUCAGCGUGGAAAAGCCGUGUGUUGGCGUCAGUGCCGGGUGUCUGUGCGGCUUGUAGUUUAACGUAGGCACCAGAUUUUUCUUCUAGCGUAGUUAUACCUUGUUAUACCAUUUCGACGUGCACAAACGUGAAAGCGUUUCACAGGACUUGGUGCACGAUGACAUCACUAGCUCAGACGAAGGAGACGUUCCGUCUAGCCGAGGCGGUGUGCUUUGAUGUGGACAGCACCGUGAUCCGGGAGGAGGGCAUUGAUGAGCUCGCCAAGUUCUGCGGCGUUGGGGAUGCUGUCACUGAAAUGACUCGCAAGGCCAUGGGAGGAUCUGUAACCUUCAAAACGGCCCUGACAGAGCGCCUGUCUAUUAUCAAGUGUUCACGGGAGCAAGUUAACAAACUGAUAACGGACCACCCUCCUCAGCUGACUCCAGGUAUUAAGGAACUUGUGGAGAGGCUACAUCAACGCAAUGUACAGGUUUUCCUCAUUUCCGGAGGUUUCCGCUGCAUCGUGGAGCAUGUGGCCGCUCAGCUUGGGAUCCCUCUUGACCAUGUCUACGCCAACCGCUUGAAGUUUUACUUCAAUGGAGAGUACGCAGGGUUUGAUGAGACUCAGCCCACGGCGGAAUCAGGAGGCAAAGGCAAAGUGAUAAGUCUGCUGAAGGAGAAGUACGGCUUCAAAAAAGUAGUAAUGAUCGGAGACGGUGCCACUGACCUAGAAGCCUGUCCUCCUGCUAAUGCUUUCAUCGGAUUCGGUGGCAACGUGGUGCGACAGCAAGUAAAAGAGAAGUCCUCUUGGUACGUGACAAGUUUCGGAGAGCUGCUAAAAGAGCUUGAGAAGAUUUAGCUUGUCUGAUCGUCGUCUCGUUUGUGUGCCUUAGUGCUGACUUUUAUCGUAUUGCACAGUUUUACUUACUUGCACAGAUUUCUAAUUUUAAAGUUUUGGAUGUUAACAUUCCAUUAUAUAGUGUUUACAAAGUGUAGCAGGCAUGUGUUAAAAUGCUAAUCUAGUCAAAAACUGAUCAAAACUGUGACUGUCAUUUCUAAUAGCAUUUUAUGCUUUAGUAGGUCUUAAAAUUGUAAUGUAUUUUUUUUACAAUAAUAUAUGCAACGUGUGUAACUCUAAAGGAGACGUUUUGACUUUGCUACUUACCAUAGAGAUAUUAAAAUCUAUUAAGGUACACUA